AUGAUAAAUGGUGAGAAGUACAUCUCCCUCUACUUGGCAAAAGCGAAGACAAAGAAUCAUGGUAUUAUUAACUCUGUGGUGUCAGCUCUUAGGGGGCAGGCGGAGGUUUAUGCUACUUUUAGAUUGUCUGUAUUUGAUCACAACCAAAAGAAUUACUUUACCGUCGAAGAUAAUGCCGGAGCAUUAAGCCGAUUUGAGAGUGGGACUGAGGUAGGUUUUGCAAAAUUUCUUCCCCUUCAUACUUUCCAGCGCCAUUCAGAGGGAUUCAUUUCGAAUGACUGCUGCACAUUUGGGGCCGAGGUUUUCGUCUCUACGAAUAAAAGGACACUUCACAGGGAAUCGCUUUCCCUCGAGACACCUGCCAUUCGCAAUCGUACUUUCCGUCGUGAUUUGGGACAGUUCUCCACACAAUUUGACAUGGAGUACGCAUUUCCACAGUUGAUCAUUGUUGGAGGAAGAAAAUGGCAGUUAUGUGUUUAUCCGAAAGGGUACGGGAAAGAGAAGAACAAAUCACUAUCACUUUACCUACGAUCGGCCGACGAUUUGGACACGCUUCCCAGUGUUUAUGCAGAAUUCAAGGUUCGGGUAAUUGAUCGAUCCCUUAAGACGCACAAUACUGAACGGAGAGGCAACCACUGGUUCUUGUCCACAGACUGCAUUUCUGGUUGGCCAGAUUUUAUGCCGUUGCGAACUCUAAAGGGGUUCCUUAAGGGUGAUAUAUUAUCUGUUGAAGUUGAAAUGCUGGCUGUGUCUACGUCGUUAUGA